AUCUCUCACUUUUCCACACCCCAGAUUCUAGCUAGGUCUGUUUGUUUACUGGUUCCUCCCAGUCCUUGGCCAGGUGUGUUCUGACUGGGGUGUAGAUCUUAUUCCUCCCCGACUGCUGAGCUGGUCCUGCCAUGGGUCUCUCCAGGGCCUUCCUCUGCAUCCUGUUCCUGUCUGGGGCACUGGGUCUCACCACUUCCCCAACCAGAGGACGACUCCAGUGUUACACUUGCAGCUUUGCCAAGCCCUGCUACCCUGUUCUCACAGAGUGCCAGGAAGAUGAGGUGUGCGGCAUCAGUGUUGGCACCUCAGACCAGAAGAAGGAGGACAUCAUUGAACGGAAGGGCUGCCUCCCCAGGGCCCAGUGCCCCCUGCUGGGCCAUGCCACCUACUGGUCACAGUCUUAUGCUCUCCAACACCAGUGUUGUGACCAGGACCUAUGCAAUGCUGCUCCCUCACGGCGAUUCCCAAGCCUUCCCCUCACCACCCUGUUUCUCCUUGCCUGGGGAGCACACAUCUUUCUCUAGCCUGUGAGCCCUUGCCUGUCAACCCAGGACUCCGAUGUCAUCAUGGACAACGUGCAUGGAUAUCUCUGGGACAUGCUUGAGAAUGUGACUUUGUAUAAAAAACCCUGGCCCUUGAGGGUUUUUAUACCAACAUCUCUACAGACCCCUCCUGAGACCCAAUUCCUACAGCUGGAGUUCCCACCCCAGCAUGCAUGUGUCCAGAGCCCCUCCUCAUAAGAAACCCCUACUGUCUUUUCUCUAGGUGUCCCAGGUCAGCUACCCUCAAGGAUUUGUGAGUCCCAGGCAAAAGGACAGAAGUGGCACUGGUAUUGGUGAGGGGUAGAAUACUGCUAGGAAAGAUGUAACUAGCUACCUGAGGGUCUCAAGAAUGGAAGGCUGCCUUGGGGAACCAUAAAGAGGUACAAUAAUAAAAAGGCUAUUGG